AUGUCGAACGUUUCGAAUAUACCUAAAACGAUGAAAGCUCUACGUUUACAUGAAUUUGGUAGUGACUAUCGUUUAGAUCAUGAUGUUCCUGUACCAUUAGAUUUAGGUGAUUAUGAUGUUUUAAUUGCAAUCAAAAGUGCUGGUUUCUGUCAUACAGAAUUGCUUAUACGUGACGGACUAGCUAGACCGAAGCCAAAACAAUUACCAUUAAUACCAUCACAUGAACCAGCUGGUAUUAUUGUUGCAAUGGGUAAAAAAGUUAGUGAUGAGUAUAAAAUUGGUGAUCGAGUAGGUGCAAUAAAUUUCUACAAUGCAUGUGCCAAUUGUCCUGAUUGUUUAAAUGAUAACAAUAUAUACUGUGAAAACUAUGAUGGAACUGGUGUUUCCAUAGAUGGUGCUUUUGCUGAGUAUCAAAAAGCUGAUUCACGUUGGCUUGUACCACUACCGGAUGAAUUAUCAUUUCAAGACGCUGCACCAUUAAUGUGCGCAGGUUUAACUGCUUUCAGUGCCAUCGAAAAAUGUGCAUUAAAAAAAGGUCAAGUUAUAGGAAUAAUUGGUCUUGGAGCAUUAGGGCAUUUAGCUGUUCAAUUUGCUAAAUGUAUGGGCUUGAAAGUUGUUGCUAUCGAUAAUCGUCAAGAAGCAUUAGAUGUUGUUCAAAAAUUAAAACAUACACCUGAUUUAAUUAUUGAUUCAAGUAAAAUCAAUGAAGAAAAUGCAAUUGAACAAAUUAAAACACUUCAAUCAUCAACAAAAGAUGUAUAUACAGGUGUUGAUGCAACAAUUAUUAUGACUGAGCCUGUUAAAGCAUAUACUUAUGCAUUAACUAUUACAAGAAAACAUGGUACUAUGAUAGCUGUUGGAAUACCACGAGAACCUGUACCAAUAAAUGUUAUUAAUAUAAUUAUGCGUGAUAUAACUAUAAAAGGUAGUCUAUUAGGCGAUAUUGAAUGUGCUCAACGAAUGGUAAAAUUUGUAGUGGAUCAUGAAAUACAAGGUGAAAUAAAAUGUUAUACAUUAGAAGAAGCGGCCGAUAAUUUGAUCAAAGAUUUUAAUCGUCCAGACAUGAAAGGAAAACUAGUUGUGAAUGUAUCAGCAUAA